AUGAGGAGGGAGAACCACAGCAGCAUGUCUGAAUAUCUCCUCCUAGGGCUCCCCGUCCAUCUAGUGCAGCAGGGCAUGUACUUUGCCCUGUUCCUGGGCAUGUACCUGACUACGGUGCUGGGACAACUGCUCAUCAUCAUGCUCAUCAGGCUGGACCCUCGUCUCCACACUCCCAUGUACUUCUUCUUCAGUCACCUGGCCCUCACGGACAUCUCUUUUUUGUCUGUCAUGGUCCUUAAGAUGCUGAUGAACAUGAAGACUCAGGAUCAUUCCAUUUCCUAUGCAGGGCGUGUAACACAAAUGUAUUUUUUCUUAUUUUUGGCUUGCACUGAUAAUCUACUUCUUUCAGUGAUGGCCUAUGACAGAUAUAUGGCCAUUUGUCACCCUCUGCACUAUGCCAUGCUCAUGAGGGAAGAGCUGUGUCUAUGUCUGUUGGCUGGAUCCUGGCUCCUCUCCUGUGCUAGUGCCCUGACUGACACCUUCCUCCUGGCUCAACUGUCCUUCUGUGCUAACAAUAUUGUCCCCCUCUUCUGUGAACUUGCUGACCUGCUUAAGCUGUCCUGCUCAGACAUCUCUCUCAAUGAGCUUGUCAUAUUCACUACAAGGGCAGCAGCUGUCAUUUUGCCUCUGAGUGGCAUCCUGGUCUCUUAUGGAUGCACUGGGGUCUCCAUCCUGAGGGUCCCCUCUACUAAAGGGAUCUGCAAAGCCUUGUCCACCUGUGGCUCCCACCUCUCUGUGGUGUCUCUAUUCUAUGGGACAAUGAUGGCACUGUACUUUUUCUUCUCAUCAUCCCAGUCCUUUGACAAAGACAUCAUUGCUUCUGUGAUGUGCACAGUGGUCACCCCCAUGCUGAAC